CCUCACUGGAAAGGACCAGCAAGGUCUGGUGUGGAGGUUCUGUUUAAUGAGCUAGAAAUUCCUAUGGAAGAGUACUCCUUUGGUAGAUCCAAGAUAUUCAUCCGAAACCCAAGAACAUUAUUUCAAUUAGAAGACCUAAGGAAGCAGCGGCUGGAGGACCUGGCCACUCUGAUUCAGAAGAUUUAUCGAGGAUGGAAAUGUCGUACACAUUUCCUGCUCAUGAAAAAAAGCCAAGUUGUGAUUGCUGCCUGGUGCAGGAGAUACGCGCAACAAAAGCGGUACCAGCAGAUAAAGAGCUCGGCCCUGGUGGUGCAGUCUUACAUCCGGGGCUGGAAGGCUCGAAAACUCCUGCGGGAGCUGAAGCAUCAGAAGCGCUGUAAGGAGGCCGCCACCACCAUCGCAGCGUACUGGCACGGAACCCAGGUACGCCGGGAAUACAGGAAAUUCUUUAGAGCGAAUGCUGGAAAGAAAAUCUAUGAGUUUACACUUCAAAGAAUUGUGCAAAAGUACUUCUUGGAAAUGAAAAAUAAAAUGCCUUCCUUGUCACCAAUAGACAAAAAUUGGCCAUCAAGACCUUACCUGUUCUUGGACUCAACUCACAAGGAGCUGAAAAGGAUCUUCCACUUGUGGAGGUGUAAAAAAUACAGGGACCAGUUCACAGACCAGCAGAAACUUAUUUAUGAAGAGAAGCUAGAGGCCAGUGAACUCUUCAAAGACAAGAAGGCUUUAUAUCCUUCUAGUGUUGGGCAACCAUUCCAAGGAGCUUACCUGGAAAUCAACAAGAACCCAAAAUACAAGAAACUCAAAGAUGCCGUUGAAGAGAAGAUCAUUAUUGCUGAAGUUGUGAACAAAAUUAACCGUGCUAAUGGGAAGAGUACAUCUCGGAUUUUCCUCUUGACAAACAAUAACCUUCUCCUUGCUGACCAAAAGUCUGGGCAGAUCAAGUCUGAGGUCCCCCUGGGGGAUGUGACCAAGGUCUCCAUGAGUUCACAGAAUGAUGGCUUCUUUGCCGUCCACCUCAAGGAGGGCUCAGAAGCAGCCAGUAAGGGAGACUUUCUCUUCAGCAGUGACCACCUGAUUGAAAUGGCCACCAAGCUGUAUCGCACGACUCUCAGCCAAACCAAUCAGAAGCUCAACAUCGAGAUCUCCGAUGAGUUCCUGGUGCAGUUCAGACAGGACAAAGUGUGUGUGAAGUUCAUUCAAGGCAACCAGAAAAACGGGAGCGUGCCGACCUGCAAACGAAAGAACAAUCGACUCCUGGAAGUCGCCGUCCCUUAAGAGGCGCUUCCUCCUCUCUGCCCUCACGGACUUGUUUCUUCGUAAUAGUGCAAUUUGAUUUUGUUUUAUUUGGGGCUCACAGUAUGUUUGGGGAUUGCCAAAGGCUAGCUGUUAGAGUCCUUUGGCAAAAUUAAAAGUAUUUGACUAAUCAGUUUUAAUUAUUGGAAUAGUUAAUCCUUAAGUCCACAGUCUGCCCUGGGCAGGAUUAUAGAAAUUAACAAUGUCUGUUUCCGUGUCCUAUGUGUUUUCUCCUCAGUUACCAUUUUAGACUUGUGUCCCAUAAACCCACGUAUUACCCGUAAAUCAUUAGUACUUGUAAGCAUGGGAGGGGGCUUACAUUCAUUUAUCAGAUAUUUAUUGAACGCCUGCUUUUUGCUGGGCACUGUGCUGAACUUAUUAGGAACCUUUUUAUUUUUAAAGCUGUUGCCUUCUGGCUGAUGUGUGCUGGCAAAAGAACAGCUAGGAAGGUGGACGAGAUGGAGGCCAAAUGAUACCGCUCGCGAUGAGAGCGUUAGCAGCAACCCUGUAGUGUGACGUAAACAGUCCACACAUCGGGAGGCUGGGGGCUGGGGGGAUUGGAGGUAGGUGAUUGGGUGAAAUUCCUCUGCUUUUUUUUUUUAAUCUAUUUGAAAAAGAGAAAACUGACAUUUAGGUGGGCACAGUUACUUGUUCAGGUCCCCAUUAAUUACUUUCUGUUAGAAACAGAAGUUACUCUCACUUUAGGAAAAAUAACUGAAGCAGGGCAGCAGAAUGCCUUGCUGCUGUUCCGGAGAAGCAUGAGAUGGGGCCCUCGAUACCCAUGGUGCCUGCGCCCAGAGUCGGUAGCUGUGGAAACAGCCCAUAAGAGAAAGCCGAGAGCCGUGCAGAGUGGCAGACCUUCUCUCCGAUGUGCAAUAAAACAUCCAAGAUCGCCUUUGAAAGUUUUAUUUAUAAUAUACAUUUGUUUUUUGUAUGAGAGAGGUUCAGGGUGUGUAUUUUAGUCAAAGAUCAAAAUUAAGUUAGAAUUAGUUUUCAGGGCUUCUUGUUCUUUCUUUAAAAUUUACAAUAAGGAUUCACUUUGGAAACCACAUUUUAAACUCUGGAAUUGAAUUGUUUCUUAUUUGGGAGGAUCAUGUAUAUACAUUGGGAUUCUGUUAAAUAAUAAAAUUGUUCUAAUUUGGUGCCA